UGAUUUUAGUAUAUAAACCGCCACAUAAACUUAGAUUAAAACAUAAUCAAUUUAGACUUCAGUCUCAACACAGACCUCUAUUGAACUUUUUUCAAAUUCAUAUUUUUCUUCCUUCAACAAACAAAUUUUUCCAACUUUUAACAAAAUGUUCAAAUUGGUGGUGUUGUGUGCUCUUCUUGCUGUAGCUGCUGCUCGUCCUGGUUACUUGUCAGCUCAUGGACCUUUGUUGUACUCAGCUCCCGCAACUGUAAUCCACGAACCAGCUUAUGCUAAAGUUGGAGCCAUUGUUAAAUCCAUACCAACUGCUGUCUCACAUCAAUCCAUUUCCCAGGUGCAUAGCUCAGCCCAUGUUGUACAACCCAUUGUUGCUCCUGUUGUCAAAACAACCAUUGCUGCUGCACCUAUUUUACAUGCUGCCCCAGUUGUUCAUGCUCCUGCCAUUUCUUAUGCAGCUCAUGGUCUUCAUUUGCCAUCCUGGUAAAUGUUGCUACAGCGCUUGAUUAUUGCUAACUACCAACAACAACAAGCAGUUAUUAUUAAUCUAUAACAAUAACAACUAAAACGAUGUGUGGAUUUUGUCUUUUAGCUCAUUAAGUUUGCGUUUCUACUGCCGCAGCUGCAAGUAACCCGGUUCUGACAGUUGGACGUCGUUCAAUUCAAAAUUCUAAAUGACCUCAUUUUUUUUUACUUCCUGUUUCUCUAUUUUUAGACAUCUCUCAUAGACAUAUUUCUUUUAUUCAUUUUCUACUUCAUGUUGUGUAAAUAUGUUUGUUUUUUUAUUUAUUCUAUUAGUAUCUAUUCUAUUUCAUUCUACUUGAACAUUUGUAUCUUGUAGUUUUGUUCUAAAUCACUUGUUUAAACGAAAAUUGACUGAUAAAUGCAAUU